AUGAUCCAUACAGACACGUUCGCAAAGCUGCUCGGUCUUUUGGAUGCCCUUCAGGCUCCAAAAAAAUCGAAGCUCAUAACAGACUACGCGAAAGUAGCAAGGAAAGUACAUGACGACGGAGUCGAGUUUGAUGAGUGGGACUUCAUCAUUGUUGGAGGAGGCACAGCGGGUUGUGUUCUGGCAUCACGACUCUCCGAAAACCCAAAUCUCCGAGUUCUACUCAUUGAGGCUGGUGGAAGCUCUAAAGAUAUCAUUCCAAGCAAGACACCUGCUGCGUUCUCGAAACUAAUGCGCAGUCCAUGGGACUACAAUCUUUAUACCGCGCCCCAGCAGCAUGCAGGCAACAAGAAAAAGUAUUGGCCUCGCGCUAAAUUCCUCGGAGGAUGUUCUGCUAUGAAUGCCAUGAUUGCACAAUACGGCUCACCGUCCGAUUUUGACGAAUGGGCGGAAAUUGCUGGCGACGAGUCCUGGUCAUGGAACAACUUCAGCAAGCAUGUCAUUUAUUCAUCGUAUAUUCGAAAAUUCGAGAGAUACAUCCCAGACCCUCGCUUCCCACAUGUUGAUCCACUCCUCCGCGGUGCCAAUGGGCCUGUCGAGAUUGGAUAUAGCGCCCACAUCUGGACAGGCAGCAAACUUUUUAUCGAGGCGUGCAUGAACGCCGGCAUCCCUUUCUCGCCAGAUUUCUGCACGACUAAAGGAACAAAGGGGACAAAUAAGGCGAUGACGUAUAUCGACAGCAAGAGCACUCGCGUAACUACCGAGUCUGCAUACCUCACUGAUGAGGUCCUUGCUCGUCCGAAUUUGAAAGUCGUCACCCACGCCCGUGUCUCCAAGGUUCUCUUUGACACCUCCAGUGGCACUCCACGUGCAACUGGUGUCGAGUUUGCCAGCAAAUCUCAUGUGGGUAAAGUCGGACCCAAGUUCCGUGCACGGGCGAGCAAGGAAGUCAUCGUUUCCGGUGGCACCAUAUACUCUCCGCAGAUCUUGAUGCUUUCUGGCAUUGGUCCAGCUGAUCAGCUUUUGCGUCACAAUAUCCCGAUCGUGCUCGACGCCCCCAGCGUCGGUGCCAACCUCGUGGAUCACCCAUCAGUCAAUCUCCGGUUUAGGGACAAAACUGGAACCACGUUCCACCAUUUUACGCCUCAUAGUUUGGGCAGCCUGGGCUUGUUCAUGCGCGACCUUCUGCGAUACCAACUGUGGGGCACUGGCCCAUUCGCUUCUAACGUCGGCGAGUCUGUAGCAUUCUUCCGAUCAGAUGAUCAGGUGCUCUUCCCGCCCGCGGAGUACAACAAUGACAUCGAGGAUGCCAGUUCAGGUCCAGACGCACCUGACCUGGAGAUCAUCAUGUGUGCUGGCGCAGUGCACUCACACAGUAUACCCCUCAGCCACAAACUCCAGGCAUAUCAAAUGAUCAUUGUCUUGUUACGUCCCACAAGCAAAGGAUCACUCCUUCUCAACUCUGCCGAUCCUUGGGAGGACCCAAUCAUGGACCCUAGCUACCUCGGGACAAAACAUGAUGUUGAUGUACUCGUUCGAGGCCUCCGCGCUGCCCUCAAAAUCGCAUACACAGCGCCCAUGACCUUUGUCACUGAUGUGCACGCCUCGGACCCUGAACUUGAUCACCACUUCUCUCGUCUCAGUGACGCAGAGCUGGCUGAUGUUGUUCGAGACCGCGUAGAGACGGUAUAUCAUCCGAUAGGGACGUGUUCCAUGGGUCCUGGCGGCGUCGUGGACUCGGACUUGCGCGUUAAAGGCACUCUGGGUCUCCGUGUGUGUGAUGCAAGUGUUUUCCCCAAGCUGGUCUCAGGACACCCGGCUGGUGCAGUUAUUGCGACAGCUGAGAAGUUGGCGGAUAUUAUCAAGGCUCAAUACGCAUAA